AUGUCAGACCAAAACUCGCCUUCGCAGUCGCCGGUACCGCCGCAGUCCUCUUCCACUAUUCCUACUACGAUUCCCACCAUUCGUCCUAAGAAGCAGAAGCCAAAUUUCGCACGCCCUGCAACCUCGGAUCUCCAGUCACGUCUUCAGGCUUUCCUCCCACAAAUGGCAGCUGCGAAUGCUGAGCUCGAGAAGCUUGCGAAAGAGGGUGGCCUUGAGGGUAAGAGGCUCGAAGAUGUAGGCGAGGGUGAUGAGUACGUCGAGAUGGAGCUGGGCUUGGGUGUUAUGGAGGAAAAGAAAGAGGGAGAGGACAGUGGCGACAAUAGCUCAGAUGAGAGCUCGGAAGACAGCAGUGAAGACAGCAGCGAGGAUGACGAGGAAGAUGAUGAUGAGCACAAGAAGAAACAGAAAGAGAAGGAGCAAAAGGAGAAGGACAUUCUAGGCAGACUCAUGGGACACAAGCAAGGCAGAGAGAAUGCUGCUGGCAUUCAAGAGGUUGAGUGA